AUGGCCACGCCAUCGCACGCACGCUUUGAGCACGAUGACUCCCUCAUGCUGAAUGAGUACGGCCUACCGGAACUUCGCUCGUCGCCCAACGCUUCUGGAAUUAGUCCGAACAACAUGAUGGGUUCGUUCGGCGACUUUGACGUAGCGUAUGCGCAGGCCCAGGGCUUUGGGACUGGCUUCGAUGGCAUCAAGAUCGAGUCGGGCUACCAAGAUCACCGCGGUAGCCUAAGUCACAUGAGCGAGGACAAUGCCAGUGCAGGAGGUAGCGCGCAGCAGCACAGGCUGAGUAUUGGAGGCAGCCCGCGGAACAUGUUGGAUGGGAAUCAUACAAGCCCCGAAAGCGCGGCCGCGCUGGGCAUGCUGGCUAUUGGGGAGAACCUGAACGAUGCCUCAGCACUCGGCAUCAGGCUGAGUGGAAAUGACGGCACAGAUCACUCGACCACAUCGCGAAGAAGCAAAGACGACCCGCAGGAUCCACCGCUCUGGAGCGAGAUGAAGACGAAAGCUGGAAAAGAGAGAAAGAGGCUGCCGCUGGCAUGUAUCGCAUGUCGGAGGAAGAAGAUUCGCUGCUCGGGCGAGAAGCCAGCAUGCAAGCACUGUUUGCGGAGCAGAAUACCGUGCGUGUAUAAGGUCACCACGAGGAAGGCUGCGCCGAGGACAGACUACAUGGCCAUGUUGGAUAAGCGGUUGAAGCGCAUGGAAGAUCGUGUCAUAAAGCUAAUACCAAAAGAAAGCCUGCCAUCUGUCGCGAACGUUGGAAGGUCGGUGGUCAAACCACCAAUCCCAGGAGCCCCGCCGAAAACGCCCACGACCAAAAAGCGCGUCGCAGAAGAGGCAUUCGGAAACGAUUUGGACGACUGGUCAAAAGCAAAAGGGUCGGAUCCAGCUGCGACCGGCAUCGCAUCACAUUCGAAGGAAUCGGACGAUACCAAGCUGCUUACAGAAGGCGCGGAGAGUCUGCCCUCGAAAGAAAUCCAAGAGCAUCUGGCUGAAGUGUACUUUGAUUUCGUAUACGGGCAAAGCUACCCCCUUCUGCACAAGCCGAGCUUCAUGCGGAAACUGGCUGCUGGAAAAGUGCCUCCAGUUCUAAUCCUAGCAAUGUGCGCCAUAUCAGCUCGAUUUUCGACACAUCCCCAACUACGAACCGAACCGUGCUUUCUGCGAGGGGACACCUGGGCCGAACGAGCGCGCGAAAUCGCACUGAAACGAUACGAUGCGCCGAACAUCACGAUACUGAUUGUGUAUCUGUUACUUGGUCUUCACGAAUUUGGCACAUGUCAAGGAGGACGAAGCUGGAUGUUUGGCGGCAUGGCGCAGCGCAUGGCAUAUGCGUUGCAAUUACACAAGGAAAACGAGUUCGAUCCGCUUGUCAGUGAACCAGAUCGGAAGCCACUUUCCGCCACAGAUCGCGAGAUCCGACGAAGAACGAUGUGGUCUUGCUUCUUAAUGGAUCGAUUCAACUCGUCUGGCACCGAUCGCCCGCUCUUCGUGCACGAACAGUACAUUGAAGUACAAUUACCGGUCAAAGAGCAUCUCUACCUGCACGAGAUACAUGCGCCGACGGAGAAUUUGGAAGGCAACGUGCCCAACCCUGUUCCGCCUGACAGUGGCCAAUUAGCGAACCCACGCGACAACAUGGGCGUAUCGGCGUACACGAUUCGACUAGUGUGCAUUUGGGGCAAUUUGAUCAAGUACAUGAACUUGGGUGGGAAAGAGCGUGAAUCAGAUACGAUGUGGUCGCCACAGUCGACAUUCAAUAAGAUCAAGAAGGAGGCAAAGGAGUUCAAAGAAUCGCUACCCGAGAUGCUUGUUUACACGCCAGAGAAUCUCAAGAGCCACGCGAUAGGCAAGACCGCAAACUCGUUUUUGUACCUGCAUAUUCUGUGGCAACAGAUUAUGCUCUUCAUGCAUCGCUUCGCUCUUCCGUCGACAGCAGGCAGUCGACCACCCAAGGAUAUGCCACACGAUUUCCUCACCGAAUCGGCUCGCUCAGCCUUGGACGCUGCGAAUCAGAUAUCAAUGCUCAUCAACGAAUCCAUGGACCACAAUGUUGUCGCACCCUUCGCUGGAUAUUCUGCAUUCUUUGCGUCAACCGUUCACGUACAUGGAGUGUUCUCGAAGAACCCAAAGCUCGAAGCUCAAUCGAAGAAGUAUUUGGCAUACAAUGUCAAGUAUCUUACCAAGAUGAAGAAGUACUGGGGCAUGUUCCACUACAUUGCAGAGAACCUGAAGGAUCUCUAUCGACAGCAUGCGGAUGCUCAAUUGAAGGGACCAGCAUCUACAGGAGACAAGAAAAAGGGCAGCAUAUUCCAAUACGGAGACUGGUUUGAUAGAUAUCCACAUGGUGUUUCAAAGACAGAUUAUGAAGACGCCGCUGAAUCGCUCGCGAACGAACCAGGCACCGAUGCCGUUCUCGGAACCAAGAGCGACUUACAAAGCGUCGAAGAAUUCUUCGCCUCUCUUUCCCCACCCUCGCGAUCCGACCAACAACGCAAACAAGCCCGCAAAGCCAAGUCAAAAUCAAUCUCGAAAGCGGACGGCCCACCAAACCUGUCACCCCAGUCCCAACGGCACAACUCAAUAUCCCAGCAACAACAAUCCCGCCUCCACCAACACCACCUCUCCCAGAUGAACCUCGCAUCGCAACAAGACGCCCUUGACUAUGACCCCACUACAUAUUUCACCACACCCUCCCAACACCAACAAACCCCCUCCCAACAAUUCAUCGCCGAAUUCGCCGGCCACCAUCCCCAGCACCACCCACACGCCCACGCCCACGCCCAACUCCCCAUGCUCAACACCUCGCCCAACCUGAUCCACCCCUCCCAGCAACUCGAUAUGUCGCCCUUCCCCGAUCUCUCCGCCGACUUCAACGCCCACCCCGCCGCGUUCUGGAACCUCGACAUGGGCGCGGGAAACCAGUUCUUCGACCCCAUGAGCAGCUACUUUGUUCCAUUUAAUGUCGACCCGCCGGGCAUGGGUGAUGAUGGCGUGUUUUCGGCGCAGGGGAAUGAGGGGUUUGGGUUUGGGCUGGGGAUGGGGACGGGCCCGGUUGAUUUGGAUAUGUUGAAUGGGGUGGGCCAAAGGGGUAGGGGGAUGCCGAGACGGGGGACGAUGGAGUGA